UGAACUCUCGCUCAGCUCAUGAGACUAAGAAAAAAAAAAUACACAACUAACAUGACCUAUUAUCAAGGAACCAAGACAAAGAUCAUGCACCACGUUAAUUAGUUACUUCAAUCCCAUCAUCAUCAUGACUAUGAAUAUCACGUGCACCCUACGUGGUGAUCACGCCUAUAAAAACCCCUUCUCCAGAGAGAGGAAAACCAAACCAAGGGAGAAACCAACCAACAAUUCUAACACCGCCGCCACCACCAACAACGUACCUCUUACGUUGUUACAUGGCCACUCGUGUUAUCCCACCAAGAAUCCUAAGGAACCUUCGCUACAACACCGCCACAAAGCCCCUCAACUCCUCCCACCCUCCUCUCUCCCCGUCUCUCUCUCCUUCUCUCUGCAUCCCAGCUCCCCCGCCGAUCUCCGCCGUGCUUCCUCCCUCCGACGACCUCAGCUUCCGCGACGUCGAAAAGCUCUUCUCCUCCGUCCCCACCACCACCCUCCUCCGCUCCACCGCCGUGCUCCACGCCACUGCCCUCGAGCCCAUGGUUGACUUCGGCACGUGGCUCAUGCGAUCCAACCUCAUGCAAGUGCCUGGCCUCAGUGACCUCAUCCUCGCCACCGUCCGCAACACCUUCUUUGACCACUUCUGCGCCGGCGAGGACGCCACCACCACCGCCGACAGCGUCCGCCACCUCAACAAGGCCGGCCUCCGCGGCAUGCUCGUCUACGGCGUCGAAGACGCCAACAACAACGACGCGUGCCACCGCAACUUCAAGGGCUUUCUUCACACCAUCGACGUCAGCAGAUCGCUUCCCCCUUCUUCGGUGAGCUUUGUGAUCGUGAAAAUCACUGCAAUAUGUCCCAUGAGCCUGCUUGAAAGAAUGAGUGACCUGCUUAGAUGGCAGCACAAGGACCCUUCUUUCAGUUUGCCAUGGAAGCAAGAUUGCUUCCCCAUAUUCUCCGAGUCAAGCCCUUUGUACCACACAAGCAAGAGACCCGAGCCCCUCACCCGAGAGGAAGAGAGUGACCUUCAACUUGCCAUGCAAAGAUUCCUUGAGCUUUGUCAAAAGUGUGUGCAAGCCAACAUUCCUUUGCUGGUUGAUGCAGAACACACUUCUGUUCAGCCUGCUAUUGACUACUUCACAUACUCCUCUGCCAUCUUGCACAACAAAGGUGAUAACCCCAUUGUGUUUGGGACCAUUCAGACCUAUCUCAAGGAUGCCAAGGAGAGACUGGUGCUGGCAGCAGAGGCUGCAGACAACAUGGGAAUCCCAAUGGGGUUCAAACUUGUGAGGGGUGCUUAUAUGUCAAGUGAAACAAAAUUGGCUGAGUCUUUGGGGUAUUCGUCCCCAAUUCACAACACCAUUGAGGACACUCACAAGUGCUUCAAUGACUGCUCUUCUUUCAUGCUUGAGAAGGUUGCUAAUGGCCCUGGUGGAGUUGUUCUUGCAACUCAUAAUGUUGAGUCAGGGAAACUGGCUGCUGCAAAAGCACAUGAACUAGGGAUUGGAAAGGUGAACCACAAGCUUGAAUUUGCACAGCUUCAUGGAAUGUCAGAGGCACUUUCCUUUGGAUUGAGCAAUGCAGGGUUUCAGGUGAGCAAGUAUAUGCCAUUUGGACCUGUGGAGACUGUUAUGCCAUAUCUUUUGAGAAGGGCUGAGGAGAAUAGAGGAAUGUUGGCUGCCUCGGGCUUUGACAGGCAACUGAUGAGGAAGGAGUUGGGAAGGAGACUAAAAGCUGCUUUCUUUUAAUUUUUUUUAUGGGACGAGUUAAUGAGAUGUAAUAAUGUCUUUUAGGCAACACUAGGCAAUUUUUUGUACAAAAUUAGAGUAUCCUGUGAUCUCUUUGAAUGGUGCAUUCAAAUCAAUGAAAUGUGUCCGUUGUUUUAACUCUUACA